GGCCAUGGAGGGUGCGCUUGCCGCCAACUGGAGCGCCGAGGCGGUCAACGGGAGCGCGGCGCCCCCGGGGGCCGAGGGCAACCGCACCGCUGGGCCGCCACAGCGCAACGAGGCCCUGGCGCGGGUGGAGGUGGCCGUGCUGUGCCUCAUCCUCUUCCUGGCGCUGAGCGGCAACGCGUGCGUGCUGCUGGCGCUGCGCACCACGCGCCAGAAGCACUCGCGCCUCUUCUUCUUCAUGAAGCACCUGAGCAUAGCCGACCUGGUGGUGGCGGUGUUCCAGGUGCUGCCGCAGCUGCUGUGGGACAUCACCUUCCGCUUCUACGGACCCGACCUGCUGUGCCGCCUCGUCAAGUACCUGCAGGUGGUGGGCAUGUUCGCCUCCACCUACCUCCUGCUGCUCAUGUCGCUCGACCGCUGCCUGGCCAUCUGCCAGCCGCUACGCGUGCUGCGCCGCCGCGCCGACCGUCUGGCCGUGCUCGCCACAUGGCUGGGCUGCCUGGUGGCCAGCGCGCCGCAGGUGCACAUCUUCUCGCUGCGCGAGGUGGCCGACGGCGUCUUCGACUGCUGGGCCGUCUUCAUCCAGCCCUGGGGGCCCAAGGCCUACAUCACGUGGAUCACGCUCGCCGUCUACAUCGUGCCCGUCAUCGUGCUUGCCGCCUGCUACGGCCUCAUCAGCUUCAAGAUCUGGCAGAACUUGCGGCUCAAGACGGCGGCGGCGGCGGCCGAGGCGGCCGCGGGGCCCGAGGGCGCGGCGGCGGACAGCGCGGGGCACGGGGCUUUGGCCCGCGUCAGCAGCGUCAAGCUCAUCUCCAAGGCCAAGAUCCGCACGGUCAAGAUGACCUUCAUCAUCGUGCUGGCCUUCAUCGUGUGCUGGACGCCAUUCUUUUUCGUGCAGAUGUGGAGCGUCUGGGACGCCGAGGCGCCCAAGGAAGCCUCGGCUUUCAUCAUUGCCAUGCUGCUGGCCAGCCUCAACAGCUGCUGCAACCCCUGGAUCUACCUGCUCUUCACGGGCCGCCUCUUCCACGACCUCGUGCAGCGCUUCCUCUGCUGCUCGUCCAGCUGCCAGAAGGGCCGCCGGCCCAGGGAGACGAGCGUCAGCAAAAAGAGCAACUCGUCCACCUUCGUCCUGAGCCCGGACAGCUCCAGCCAGAGGGGCUGCUCGCAGCCAUCCGCGGUGUGACCGGCGGGGCCAGGACCACCCCUCUUGGCUUGGAUUGUACGACAGGGGCAGUCUGGCCAUUGGUGGUCGUGUACGUGUGUGUAUAAGGUACCUUUCAGUCUGUGCCCCUCCUCACCUUGCGGGGGCUCGAGCGGGGUGGGGAAGUGGUCUCCAUGGGGGAAGGUGAUAGGGUGACUCAGCCAUCAGCCAAGCCCCGGAUCUACCCUGGGCUCCCACGGGUACUCCUGCUGCCCUGACCCCGCUGUUGCCUCUGGCUGCUGGAUGGGUUGUGGUUUUGUUUUGUUUUUUUUCCCCUGGACCUGUCAUUUCACUCCAGUAUCUUUUUACUCCUUUAUUCUGGGAUCUUGUGAAAGGUGGUAAGUAUAGGAUUGGUGACCAGAUGGGUGCGGAAGCCUAGUGUUCUGAGCUUGGGAUGAGAAAUGGGACCUCGAUGGUGGUGGUGCUGAUAUCCUCCUGGCCUCAGAGUGCUUCUGCCUUCGAGUGGACUGGUGCCAGCAUCCUUGAGCACCAGCUUGUCAGGCGGUGGCCCCAGAGCAGGAGAUUCUCUUUGGAGACUGUCUGGCACAGGCAGCCAGUUAAAACUUGGGUUAAAAAUUUUUAAGAGGAAAAAAAUGUUUAAGAAGCUAAUACUUUAGAAGCAGCUGGGAAAGAAAAGGAAAUAAAAGACAUCCAGAUUGGAAAA